UUGAUUGAACCAUAUCUAGACUUGGACAUAAAAUACUUUGAUCUUGGACUACCAAAUCGAGACAAGACAGAUGAUAAAGUGACAGUAGAAGCUGCUGAGGCCAUAAAACAUUUCAGUGUCGGAAUCAAAUGUGCAACUAUCACUCCAGAUGAGGAUCGUGUUAAAGAAUUCAAUUUGAAGAAGAUGUGGCGUAGUCCCAAUGGCACAAUUCGUAACAUAUUGGGGGGUACUGUAUUCCGAGAGCCAAUAAUUUGCCAGAAAGUUCCUAGACUGGUUCCGGGAUGGGUGAAGCCAAUUGUGAUUGGAAGGCAUGCUCAUGGUGAUCAGUACCGUGCCAGAGAUUUUGUCGUCAAUGGACCAGGAGUGUUUGAAAUCUCCUACAACCCAGCUGAUGGUAGUGGGAAACUCACUACUGAGGUCUUUGAGUUUACAGGCACUGGAGGUGUGACCAUGGGCAUGUAUAAUACUGAUGAGUCCAUCAGGGAUUUUGCCCAUAGCUGCUUCCAGUAUGCACUGAGUAAGGAGUGGCCGCUGUACAUGAGCACCAAGAACACCAUCCUUAAGAAAUAUGAUGGCAGAUUUAAGGACAUCUUUGAAGAGAUUUAUUUGAGGGAAUAUGAUAUUUUUUUAUGUCAACUAGGUUACAUGCUUGACCAUUUGAAUUAAUUUCAUUAGGUGGCAUAUGCCCUCAAGUCGCCUGGUGGAUUUGUUUGGGCUGCAAAGAAUUAUGAUGGAGAUGUACAGUCUGACACUCUAGCUCAAGGGUUUGGUUCCCUUGGUCUUAUGACAAGUGUGCUUGUGUGUGGUGAUGGGAAGACUAUUGAGGCAGAGGCUGCCCAUGGUACUGUAACAAGACAUUACAGGGAAUACCAAAAGGGCAAUGAAACAAGUACCAAUCCCAUUGCUAGUAUUUUUGCAUGGACUCAAGGUCUGCGUCACAGGGCAAGACUUGACAAAAAUGUUGAACUUAAAAGAUUCUGCAAGGCUCUAGAGAAGGCAUGUGUUGAUACUGUUGAUUCUGGUGCCAUGACUAAAGAUCUUGCUGCUUGUAUCUAUGGACUUAGCAAUGUAAAGCGAGAUCAGUACUGCUCAACUGAAGAGUACUUCGAUGCUGUUGAGAAGCACCUCCUUGUGCUUUAUCAGCCCUCUUGAUAUUCCUUGGAACUGAUUUACUGUUUGCCUUGUAUCCUGUCGAUCACCAAAGCCACCGACAACAGUUGAUACGGUUCUGCACCUUUCAGUAUGAUGUAGCAUCGCACAUGCAUAUCAAAUAUGCUAUGUAAUGUGAUUAUUACUUAAGUAUUGUUCGCCUAUGAACUGAAAAAUUUUAUACCUUAGUGUAGCUUGUAGUUAGGCCUUUACGACUCUGUGUGCAUGGUUUCUAGCUGCAGAAUUAGCAAAGCGUGACUGUGAUCGAUGUGGAUGAAGUAAAUUUUAUUUUAUAACUACAUA